CAGCCGCACGGACAGCGCCGGCGGGUUGGGGGAGCUGCUGGCGGGUGGAUCCGGCAACUCCCUGGGAGGCAAGCGCGGGCAGACGAACGGGCGCUGGGAACUGGGCGGCAGGCAGUCCCCGCGGGUCUGUGAAGGAGGUCGGUGAUCCCAGCAGGCGCCAGCCAGCUUUAAGAAAUAGAAAUCACUUCUCACUGCACUGAAUAGUGAAAGUUAAGUGACUUCCUACACUGCAAAUCAUGGCGCUACCAUUCCGGAAAGACUUAGAAAAGUACAAGGACCUGGAUGAAGAUGAGCUCCUUGGGAAUCUCUCAGAAAUGGAACUGAAACAACUGGAGACUGUUCUGGAUGAUCUUGACCCUGAGAAUGCCCUUCUGCCUGCAGGAUUCCGGCAGAAGAACCAGACGUCAAAGUCCGCCACAGGGCCGUUUGAUAGAGAACACCUCCUUUCAUAUCUGGAGAAGGAAGCGUUGGAGCAUAAGGACAGGGAAGACUAUGUGCCCUACACUGGGGAAAAAAAAGGGAAAAUAUUUAUCCCUAAACAGAAACCAAUACAGACUUUUACAGAAGAAAAAGUCUCUCUCGAUCCGGAAUUAGAAGAAGCUUUGACAAGUGCUUCUGAUACAGAAUUGUGUGACCUUGCAGCUAUUCUUGGGAUGCACAAUUUGAUAACAAAUACACAGUUCUGUACUAUAGUGGGAAGUAGUAAUGGUGUGGACCAGGAACAUUUUUCAAAUGUGGUAAAAGGUGAAACGAUUCUUCCAGUAUUUGAUGAGCCCCCAAAUCCAACCAACGUUGAAGAGAGUUUAAAGAGAAUUAAAGAAAAUGAUGUUCGUCUUGUUGAAGUUAAUUUGAAUAACAUAAAGAAUAUCCCAAUUCCAACCCUAAAAGAUUUUGCGAAGGCUUUGGAAACCAACACACAUGUGAAACAUUUCAGUCUUGCAGCCACCCGGAGCAACGACCCCGUUGCUGUUGCUUUUGCAGAUAUGCUGAGAGUGAACAAAAACUUGAAGAGCUUAAAUAUGGAGUCCAACUUUAUUACAGGCGCUGGGAUCCUAGCACUGAUUGAUGCUUUAAGAGAUAAUGAAACCCUGGCCGAGCUCAAGAUUGACAAUCAGAGGCAGCAGUUGGGGACAGCUGUAGAAUUGGAAAUGGCCAAGAUGCUUGAGGAAAAUACAAAUAUCCUUAAAUUUGGAUAUCAGUUUACACAGCAGGGACCCCGAACCAGGGCAGCUAAUGCCAUAACGAAAAACAACGACUUAGUUCGCAAGAGACGAGUUGAAGGAGACCACCAAUAAAUGCCACCAAGCUGUAGUCUUUGGAAGACUUCGAAAGGUCGCCGAGGGCUUGUGUUGGUGAAAGCAGAUGUAAAAUUUUCCUAGGUCUAAGGGAAAAGACUGGAAAUCUUUCUUUUUCUUUUUUUUUUUAAACUACAUGUAUCUUUUUUCUAGUUUAAGUUGUUACCAGUUUCCAAUUGUAAAAUCAAAAGUAGAUGAUAUUUUGUAUUUUAAAGCAUUAUUUCUACUUUCUGCGAAAAUCAAUUUUAAUUUAGCUUAAUUGAAUGAUUUAUCAUGAGUCUUGGGUUAAAAAAAUGCAAUUGUAGAAUUGCAUUCUGCAGAAUAAUAUGAAGAUUUUAAGGACCAAUCUUUUUUAAAUCAAAAAGGGACAUUGCGGAUGUCAGAACUGCUGUUGCACCUCUUAGGUACAAGCCACGUCAGAGCUUUCCUUAUUCCAUGACAUGGAGACUUUUCCAUGUUUUAGAACACACAAACUUGGCAAGAGUGUGCUUUUUGCUUCCAUCCAGAAAGCAAAAUACCAGAAUUUUAAAACAGAUGACUCAAAAUCUGGUCAUUUGUUUAGGAGGAAAAGCAGAUCUCAAGGACAGAGAAAAGGGUCUUCUGCACAUUCCAGGUUACUGCCCUUGUCAAUGUGUCUCAGCAACACCCAGAGUUGUUUUCAACAAAGUCGUCAGCUUGGCCAGGUUCCAUGCUUUGUUCAAAAGUAUACGUAUGUCUAAAUUCAUCACAGUUUUUUAUUUGAAUAAUGUGGGCAUUAGUAAUUUUGUGAAAGCUGAUAGAACGAGCAUCUGAGUGGGAAAGCAAUUUCCCUGCCUGCAAAAGGCAUACAGCCAACUGUCGGUUCCUUAGAGGAAAAGAGAAAAGAAAACUGUUAUUAAACACAUGAAAUCAAAGAUAAUAAACACGAUGGAGUUUUAGUCUGAGGAGCAUGCAAAACGGUCAUUUAAACUGAUGGUUACUGUGAAGUAACUUAGAAAAUGCCAUGAGUAUAAAUUAAGUGUUGCACAGUAUAGUGGGAAGUUCCCAUAUGCAAUGCAGAAUUCCUGAAAUGGUAUUUAAUCGCCACUCACUACAAAUUUUCCCACCAGUAAGGAAAUUGUUAUUGUUCAUAAAUCUCAUUUUUAUUAUCUGUUUCCUUUCAUCUUGUACUUUUUUGCCCAUAUUGUAUAAGAGUAAUUUCUCAUAACAAAAGUUAUCUUCCUAUUGGUCAAAGUAUUAAAAUAAGGGGACAGUUGACCAGCGGGUGGGAAGACUGCCUCCAGAACCGAGGGCAAGAGAGGAUUUGGACCUCUGUAUUCAUGCCCUGUUUCAGGGCGGCCCCUGGAGCAGGCGCUGGCAGAGGCUUCAGGGCUACAGAAGUUGGGGCCGGGGUGGGGGGAAGGAAUCUGAGUAAUCCUGGCCUCAAAAAUUCAGUCCUGGCUGUAUCAUGUACAAGGGGGAUUUUUCUAGAGGGAAGAAUCUUGUUUCGGAGUAGGGGAGAGGUCUGCUGUCAAUUUUUUAAAAACUUUUAUGAAAUUGAAUUACAAAAUGUCAGCUCCUUCAGCUUGGGCUGGACAGCUCCUCUAAUGAGCUAGGCACCUUCUUGUGUACGACGGUAAUAAGCCUUCUUAAUGGGCAAACGCUGCCCUCAUAAGAACUGGGUGUAUUUGUUUUUUUGAGUCAGUAUCCAGUAUUUUUAAAGGGGCCAAAGAUUGACUUUGCACUAUUCCCUUUCAGUUACAGGUCACUGGUUUUGUUUUUUUUUUUUUUUCAAAUUAGCAAGUGUCUCUUUCUCUCUCUCUCUUCUUUUCACAUACAGCUUUGGAAAUGCACUUGGUUUUAGAGACUGCACGGUUCCAGCAGGGUGGGGAGCGAGUAUGGCAGGUCUGUAAGGCUUCCAUUACACACUGAGCAAGGCUUCCUUGCUUGCACUGUCCUGUAAGUCAAUAAAUUAAGUAAUGUUACCCCUUCCUCUCAUAAUUUUUUAAGAAUAAGUAGGUGGGACCCUCCCUAGAAUUGUGUCAUACUUAUUGAUAAUGUCUUUUUCACUUAUUAUUUAUCAAAGUGUGAAGAAGUUGAAUGUUUUGCUUGUACCAUUCCAGUUCUGAGCUACGAUACUUCAUUAUAUAAUUGAAGAAAAGAUUUCUUCAUAAAUAACUUUAAAGAUGAACAUUCAUUCAAUUGAGUACAGAAAAUCUUUCAAGAAUUGUAAUUACAAGGGAGAAAACUGGUGUUUACUUUGAUCUUUAAAAAUCUGGCACCUUAUAACCUUCUAUAACUUUCAGUAUUUCUAUAUCACUCUAAAAUUUAUAAUAGAUUAGGGUUGUGAAAUAGUCUUGAUUUUUAAACCAAAGAUUUUCUAAGACCUUAAGUUUUGUAGUCUAAUCAAUUUAAACUUAUCUGCUUAUCUAAUCAAAGAAUGUUCUUUCCAUUUUUAAAUUGCUGUUUUUAAUUUCCCAUUUUAUAAAAUUUGAUAUUCAUAUUUGUCUGAAGUUCUCAUUUUUCCAGUAUAUCUACAUGAAAUUGUAUGUAUUAAAAAUCAAUAUUAAUAACUAAUAUUGAUAUUAUUAAAAUGGAUUUUGGUGCUAUAGACUUGUAGCUAAAACCUAGUAGAAAUCUAAAGUAAAAUACAUUUUCUAAGGGUGCCUGUCGUUUAAAAGACCGAAUAAACAUUUUGUGUUUAAAAAAAUUAGCAGGUUGUUAGAGAUUUCAGGGAGAAUUAUCUUGGUCAUUAAAUUGCAAAUUCUUGUGAUUUGAAUGAAAUAACCCACACACUUGCUUUGCACAGUAGGUGUGCUCUGGAAAAGUUACAUGUAAAUAGAACUUUGUGAAUUGUUUGCUCAUUGAAGUAUCUGGUGUGUUUUCAUUUAAAAAGGGGAUCCCAUGGCAUAAUAAAACUUACAAAAGAAAAAAUAUGUUUUGAUAAAAUGUUAGUCAUGUUCUCUUGUCCAUUAUAUUUAACCCUUGCUGCCAUUAAAGUAAGAUGAAAAGAU